GGCGGCGGCGGCGGCGGCUGUGAGAUGGUGGACGCGGGCGGCUGCCCGGCCGGGGAGGGCUGGAGGAGGAUGGAGGCCGCGCCCGAAGGCGCCGUGGACAUCGUGCCCCUGGACCGCUACGACUCGGCCCGCGCUAAGAUCGCGGCCAACCUGCAGUGGAUCUGCGCCAAGGCCUACGGCAUCGAUAACAUCCCCGAGGACCUCAGGGACCCCUUUUACAUUGACCAGUAUGAGCAGGAGCACAUCAAACCGCCCGUCCUCAAGCUCCUGCUGUCCAGUGAGCUGUACUGCCGUGUUUGCAGCCUCAUCCUCAAGGGGGACCAGGUGGCCGCCCUACAGGGACACCAGUCUGUCAUCCAGGCCCUGUCCCGGAAAGGGAUUUACGUGAUGGAGAGCGACGACACCCCCGUGACGGACCCCGACCUCAGCCAGGCGCCCAUAAAGAUGAGCGCCCACAUGGCGAUGGUGGACGCCCUCAUGAUGGCCUACACCGUGGAGAUGAUCAGCAUUGAGAAGGUGGUGGCCAGCGUCAAACGCUUCUCGACAUUCAGCGCCUCGAAGGAGCUUCCGUACGACCUCGAGGACGCCAUGGUGUUCUGGGUGAACAAGGUAAACCUUAAAAUGAGGGAGAUAACAGAAAAAGAAGUGAAGUUAAAGCAGCAGUUGUUGGAAAGCCCAGCUCACCAAAAGGUGCGCUAUCGCCGAGAGCACCUGUCCGCCAGGCAGCCGCCCUACUUCCCGUUGUUGGAGGACCUGAUGCGGGACGGCAGUGACGGGGCCGCGCUCUUGGCUGUGGUCCACUACUACUGCCCAGAGCAGAUGAAGCUGGACGACAUAUGCCUGAAGGAGGUCACGUCCAUGGCCGACAGCCUGUACAACAUCCGGCUUCUGAGAGAGUUCGCCAACGAGUACCUCAACAGAUGCUUCUAUCUCACGCUGGAGGACAUGCUCUAUGCUCCCCUCGUGCUGAAGCCGAACGUUAUGGUUUUCAUCGCCGAGCUCUUCUGGUGGUUUGAGAACGUCAAACCGGAUUUCGUCCAGCCCAGGGAUGUUCAGGAACUGAAGGACGCUAAAGCAGUGUCCCACCACAAGAGCAGUCGGCCUCCCGUUCCCAUCUCCAACGCCACCAAGCGCAGCUUCCUGGGCGGCCCCGCGGCGGUGAGCCCCGCCGACGCGCCGCUGCCCACCCAGCCGCCAGCUGAGGGUGGCCACAGGCACCGCGCGCACGACGAGCCCGAGCAUCUGGGGAAGGGGGCUUCUGCCUUCAGCCCGUCCCAUCCUUUACUGCCUCUGAGACAGAGACAGCAGAAGGCCGUGCAGGGGGAGGGCCCUCCCGAUCAGAGACACCGGUCCAGUUCUCUAACCCGAGUCGACGCUCAGCCGCGCGGUGCAGCACUCGCGUGGUCGGAAAAAAAGAACAGGCCUGUGUCACAGCCGGCACCCUUCGCGCUCCAUCACGCCACCAGCUGUGACAUGGACCCCGGCUCCAGUGACAGCAUCAGCCUGGCCCGCUCCAUCAGUAAGGACAGUCUGGCCUCCAAUGUCAUUAACCUGACUCCGCAGAACCAGCCACAGCCCACGGCGCUGAAGACCGAUGGGAAGAGCCUUCUGAACAAUGUGGAUAUUGAGGAUGAGGAGGAAGAGCUGGUGGCCAUCAUUAGAACGGAUGUGGCGCCCCACUGUGGUGACCGGGGCCUGCCCCCAAGCGCCAGGUCUCCCCAGAGGCUGGUGGAUGCCCUCGAAAGUAAGCCUGACAGUUUCUUCCUGGAGCCGCUGAUGCCGGCCGUGCUUCGGCCCACCAAAGAGAAGCAGGCGAUUGCCAAGGAGGAAGAGUGUGGGGAGGGGCGGCCACGGAGCUUUACAUCCAAGAGGCCCAGCGAGGGCCACCAGCCCCUGGUGCGCAAGAGGGCGCCCAGCAGUCACGGUGCUCGUGACCUGAGUAGGACUUUCACCCCGAUCUCCUGUGCGGAACUCCCUGUGGGCAUGGAGCCCGCGCCCACGGAGCCGGGGCCACUGGUGGCCGGGGACGCCCGCGGUGGGCUCCUGGGCAGCGGUGGCUUCAACCUGUUACCUCAGGGGCACACUGCCGAUGGCUUCUUCCUUCACGUUGCCAGAGCCGAUGAGGACCCCGAGGGCAGGUUCUGCGUCGGCUGUGCCCAGAGCCCCGGUGCCCACGAGCCCGAGCCGUGGGCCGUCCUGAGGCAGGACUCAGACUCGGACGUGGCGGACCUGGAGGAAGCCGAGCAGGAUUUCGUGGGCGAGGAUCCCCCCGUGGUGACGGCCAGGUGUGUCGGUGAGGAGGAGUCAGCCAAGCUGCAGGAGGACAUGAAGGGGAAGGAGCACGAGGACAAGGACGACGCCAGCGGCCGCUCGAGCCCAUGCCUGAGCACGGUGUCUCAGGUCAGCAGCGUCUCCGUGGCCAGCGGCAGCGUGAAGAUGACCAGCUUCGCGGAGCGCAAGCUGCAGAGGCUGAACAGCUGCGAGACCAAGUCGAGCACCAGCAGCUCCCAGAAGACCACGCCGGACGCGUCUGAGAGCUGCCCGGCCCCUCUGACCACGUGGAAGCAGAGGCGGGAGCAGAGCCCGAGCCGGCAGAGCCGGGAGCACGCCAGCCUCCUGGCUUCCGAGCUGGCACAGCUGCACAUGCAGUUGGAGGAGAAGCGCCGGGCCAUCGAGGCGCAGAAGAAAAAGAUGGAGGCCCUGUCGGCCCGGCAGCGGCUCAAGCUGGGCAAGGCCGCCUUCCUGCACGUGGUCAAGAAGGGGAAGGCCGACGGCGCGCCCCCGCCGCGCAAGCCGGACGCCCUGGCGGGAGAGUACGCCCAGCACAACGGCGAGGACUUCGACGGCGGGGUCUGCAAAUCGGAGGAGUUCCUCCUGAAGGACGAGGGCCGGGAAGGCAUCCUGGCGUCUCCAGACGUGGACGCGGAGGGCCUGCUUCUCCUGCAGCCGCCCAGAGCGAAGGUCCCCGCUGCGCUGCCCGAGCUGGAGAAGAGCAAGGCGCUGUCCGCCGCCCUGCUGGAGGACGCCGGCGAGGCGCUGGACGCGAGUGAGUGUGACCUGUCCAUCGAGAAGCUGAACGAGACCAUCAGCACGCUGCAGCAGGCCAUCCUGAGGAUCUCGCAGCAGCAGGAGCAGCUGCUCAUGAAGCCCCCCACGGGCCCGGGCCCGAAGCAGAGCGCCCAGGACCAGAAAGUCAGGGCGGCCAUCCACUUCGUGGAGCCUCUCUCUCCGCCCGGGACGACGGGUCACCGCAAGCCUCCCCGCCUUGGGCAGGGUCGGAACUCCCGCUCGGGCAGGCCGGCUGAGCUCAAAGUGCCCAAGGACCGACAGCAGGCUUCCUCCCGCAGCAAGACCCCCACGCCCAGUAGAGAGACCCUCCCUCACCUGCGGCCCUUCCCCCCUCGGACCCCCUCCGACCCGGGCUGGGACAGUGUUGCGGAGCCUGGAAAUGAGCCUCAUGACAAAUGCCUCUUCGACAGCUACAGGCUCCACGAUGAAAACAACCAGCGGACUUUUGUCUUGCCCCCUUCCAAAGACACAAACAUCCUCUCGGAACAGGUGGGCCUCAAAGAUGUUCUGGAUGGCAGCGUGGAGGAGGCGGCGCUCGGCUCCCCGGCUGUGUCCGGGAAGGAGAACGUCCCUGUGGACGAGCCCCCGAGGAGCAAGGCCAGUCUCAUCGAGGUGGACCUCUCGGACCUGAAGGCCCCUGACGAGGACGGGGCGACGGAGGGCCCCCAGAGCUCGGAGGACCUCGCCAGCGAAGGGGACCAGAAGCCGGGGGUCGGCUUCUUCUUCAAGGACGAGCAGAAGGCGGAGGACGAGCUGGCCAAGAAGCGGGCGGCCUUCCUCCUGAAGCAGCAGCGCAAGGCUGAGGAGGCGCGUGCGCGGAAGCAGCAGCUGGAGGCGGAGGUGGAGCUCCGGAGGGACGAAGCCCGGCGGAAAGCGGAGGAAGACCGGGCCCGGAAGGAGGAGGAGAAGGCGCGGCGGGAGCUCAUCAAGCAGGAGUACCUGCGUCGCAAGCAGCAGCAGAUUUUAGAGGAGCAGGGGCUGGGCAAGCCCAAAGCCAAGCCCAAGAAGCCGCGGCCCAAGUCUGUCCACCGCGAGGAGUCGGGCAGCGACGCGGGGACCAAGUGCUCCUCCACCCCCGACCACCUGAGCCGGGCCCAGUCGGGCUCCAGCCUGUCCCUGGCCUCCGCGGCGACCACCGAGCCCGAGAGCGUGCACUCGGGGGGCACACCUUCCCAGCGAGUCGAGUCCCUGGAAGCCUUGCCCACACUGAGCCGCAAUGCCAGCCGGAGCACAGACAGAGACUGGGAGACGGCGUCUGCAGCGUCCUCUCUCGCGUCCGUGGCCGAGUACACAGGUAAUGCGGAGGUCAUGGGCGCGUCCCUGCCGCGGGGGGGGGGGGCGGGGGGGGGGAGCCUCGGCCCCGCGGCCCGGCCCGCGCCCCUCGUCUCGCCGCCUUCCCGGCCUCCGGGCCUCCGGGCCUCCGGGCCUCCCGGCCUCCCGGCGCCCCGGCCUCGCGGCGCGGCCCCGCAGCAUGCAGCAGCAGCACCCGCGGCGGCGGCGGCGGCGGCGGCUGUGAGGUGA